CACAUUCCAGGAUAUUUCCCAGAGCGCGGUUGUUUGAGUGUAUUUUUCUUCGGACAUCGCCUGGUUUUUAUUUUAAUAACAACUUCUGCUGGCACUGAGAUAUUCACGGGACUUACAGACAUGAGGCUGAAGAUAUCUCUCGCCAAGGAACCGAAACAUACAGAGCUGGUCAGCAGUGUAGGUUGGACCACAGCAGAUGAGCUGUACUCCUGCAGUGACGACCACGCCAUCCUCAAGUGGAGUCUGCUCACCAACGAAACCUCACAGCUGGCCAAGCUUCCUGCGGAGGUGUACGCGACUGACAUCCACUGGUUCCCCAAGGUCGUGGGGGGAGGGAAGGGCAAACAGACGCAGUCAGAUGUGUUCGUGCUCACCAGUACUGACGGGAAGUUCCAUUUGAUAUCCCGGUUGGGGAGGGUGGAGAAGAGUGUUGAAGCCCACAAAGGAGCUGUGCUGUCAGGGAGGUGGUCGUAUGAUGGAACAGCCAUGGCUACAGCUGGAGAGGAUGGUCAAGUUCGUAUCUGGUCCCGUAGCGGGAUGUUGCGCUCCACCAUGGUACAACAGGGAACACCGGUCUACUCGCUUGCCUGGGGACCAGACUCGGACCAGAUCCUGUACACCAGCGGUCGGCAGCUUAUCAUUAAACCUCUGCAGGCCAACGCUAAACCUAUACAGUGGAAAGGCCAUGAAGGGGUGAUCCUAAAGAUUGAUUGGAACGCAGUAAACAACCUCAUCCUGUCUGGUGGGGAGGACUGUAGGUACAAGGUGUGGGACAGCUAUGGUCGUCUGUUGUUCACCAGCCAGGUGCAUGAUUAUCCCGUCACCUCAGUAAGCUGGGCGCCUGACGGGGAGCUUUUUGCUGUCGGGUCAUUCAACACACUCAGGCUCUGUGAUAAAACUGGGUGGUCCUAUGCCCUUGAGAAGCCCAACACAGGGAGUGUGUUCAACAUCGCCUGGUCUAGCGACGGCACGCAGAUCGCUGGGGCUUGUGGGAACGGUCACGUGAUCUUCGGCCACGUGAUCGAGCGAAGGCUCGAGUGGAAGAACUACGAGGUCACGGUCGCUGACCGGAAGUCCAUCCAGGUCCGGAAUGUGAUGGACGAUUCGCGGGAAAAGUUGGACUUCCGUGACCGAAUUAUCAAGACUUCGCUGGCGUUCGGCCAUCUUGUGGUGGCGACCACGUCACAAUGUUACGUUUACAGCACCAAGAAUUGGAACACUCCAAUGAUCUUUGACCUAAAGGAAGGCACAGUCACCCUGAUAGUGCAGACUGAGAAGCACUUUGCUCUGGUUGACAACAGUGGUAUACAGGUGUACUCGUAUGAGGGCCGAAUGCAGGCAUCCCCCAAAGUCCCCGGCCUGCGUCCGGACGUACUAAACGUGCAAACUCUCGCUAUCAGUAAUGAUGCUGUGGCCAUACGCGACAAGAAGGACGAAAAAGUUGUCCACUUGUUCGACGCCAUGUCAGGAAAACCACUCGGAGAUGGGAAACCUUUUGUACACAAGUUGGAGGUGAUGGAGGUAGCGCUGGACCAGUGCGGCCCUGCGCCAGAACGCCGGCUAGCCCUGGUGGACAGGAACCGGGACCUGUACCUGGCGCAAGUACGCGCCACCGGAGGCACCAGGAAGGUCAUCAAACUAGGCACAAUGGUCCACUCCAUGUCGUGGAAUGAUGAAACCAACAUGCUGGCAGCCCUACAGGACACAAAGCUGGUUGUGUACUACUUUCCAAACGCUGUGUACGUCGACAAGGACAUACUGCCCAAAACUGUCAUGGAAAAGGACGCCACUGAGUUUGGGAAGAACCCCCAGAUCGUGAACUUCCUGGGGAAUCAUGUGAUCAUCCGCCGCGCCGACGGUUCAUUGGUCAGCACCGGGGUGUCGCCCUAUCCCAGCAUGCUUCACUCCUACGUGUCCAACUCCCGCUGGGAUGACGCCGUCAGGCUCUGCAGAUUCGUCAAGGAUGAGGCACUGUGGGCCUGUCUGGCUGCCAUGGCUGCUUAUGCCAAGGACCUCAACACUGCAGAGGUGGCCUAUGCUGCAAUAGACGAGGUGGACAAGGUGCAGUACAUCUUACACAUUAAGGAGAUUCCCUCCAAGGAGGCGAGAAAUGCUGAGAUGGCGCUUUUCUGCGGAAGUCCCCAAGACGCGGAGGGGAUCCUCCUUCAGUCUGGGCUCAUCUUCAGAGCCAUUCAGAUGAACAUCAACCUCUACAACUGGGACAGAGCCCUGGAGCUUGCGGUGAAGCAAAAGACUCACGUGGACACGGUUCUGGCCUUCCGACAGAAGUACCUGGAGAAAUUCGGCCGGAACGAGAAGAGCAAACGCUUCCUGCAGUACGCAGAGGGGGUUGAGGUUGACUGGCAGAAGAUAGAAGCAAAGAUCGAGAUGGAGCACCAGAAAGAACGGGAAAAAGCGGCCACAGCCCGGCGGUAACAUGGAGGGAAGAGAUCGGGUUACACGUAGAACAUAGGGCUUUAACAUGGAGGCAGGGGUUCAGGUUACAUGUAGAACAUAGGACUGGGCUUCAACAUGGCUGGUGGCUAUUAGGUUACAAAUAGUGUUCAUUUCAACAUGGCUGAAGAGUAUCCGAUUUUAGAAUCAAGGCUAGUUAGUAAAAGGUGUUUCGGGAUUUCCUUCAGCAUGGCCGACAGAUAUCACCUUACAGAUAGAACCCGGGUUGUGUACAGAUCUACUUCAACAUGGCUGAUGGGUGUCCGGUUACAUGUAGUGUUUGCUUCAACAUGGCUAAAGAGUAUCCGAUUUCAGAUUUAAGGCUAGUAAAAGCGGGUGUUAGAGAUUUCCUUUAACAUGGCCGACAGAUAUCACCUUACAGAAUCUGAUAGAACACGAGUUGUGUACAGCUCUAGUUCAACAUGGCUGAGGGGUGUCAGGUUACAGAUAGUUUUGCUUCAACAUGGCUGUAGAGUAUCCCAUUUCAGAUUUAAGGCUAGUGGAGGCGGGUGUAAGCGAUUUCCUUCAACAUGGCAGGUAGAUAUCGCCUUACAGUUGUGUAAAGCUGUACUCCAACAUGGCUCGUGGCUAUUAGGUUAAUCAGAUAGCUGUGCAGACAAAUAUCAAGUUACAGACAGAAGGCUGUAUGUACUUCAUUCAAUACAUGACACUUGGUAAUUAGUCUUUGAGUUCCUAAGUAUACCAUAAGCAAGGGUAGGUAGUUCUUUUUUGUGAAGUUACAUUCCACAAAGUUGAUACUAUAUAGUGUGUAUAUUGUGUGAAAUAUUGUGUAUAUAUUAAUAAAGUAUUUGUCCUUGAUACAAUCCUAUUGAAAAGAUUACCAGUUUUGUGUGUGUACAAUCUAUGAAUAGAGUUUCCUAUGUAGAUAAUCUAUUAAAAGUGAAAAUUCACAAUUUAAGGCUUGUUUGUGAUUCCUUAAGCUCGUAUGUGAUUUCUUAAACUUGUAUGUAAGAUGGAUAAAUAAAGACACACUUGCUUGUGUUUUUUUAUUUCAAAUUUCACAUUUUGAAAAUAGACAUAACAUAUACAUACAUAGACCAUAGAAAUUCCUGCUUUUGAAUCUGAUGAUAUUUACAAAGUACUUUGAACUACGUGGGUCAAAAGUAAGACGAUACUUUCCCGUAACAGUAAUAGUAGUAUAUUAUUCAAGUUUGGUCAAAUUGUCAAAACACGAGAAAGCUGGCAAAAAAUAGCUGUAAAUUACCAAGUAAUAUUUUCCUGAUCCUUAUAAAUACAACAUUUUGUUCUUAGCAAGAAUUAGUUUAGAUUUAAAGAUACAUGUAUAUAGGACGGCAACCACAAUUUGCAAGCAAAGUAUUCACAGUACGAGUGCAUGAUACAUUGUACUUAAUACUUUUAGACUACACACACACACUUAGCCUAUUAUAGCUCCCGAGUUCUACAGUCAAAUAUUUGUGGAGAGGAUGUAGGACUCGGGAGCUAUAAUGCAUUUGGUUACCAGGCUAACACACACACUACACUAGAUUUUAGCCAAAAGGCCCAGAAGCAUGUAUGGGAACAUAUGAUACAAUUUACCAGUUGAUUCUAAACAGCAGUAUACAAUCUUCAUUACAAAUGUUACACAUAAAUAUCUUUUGCCCCAUGAAGGUUAGACAUCCAGGUAAUACGAUACACCAAAAAGCAGUUACUCAAGCAACUGGAUAUGAUUUUGGAAACGGUCAGACAUUUC